AUGGCUCCCCCGGACGGGGGAUGGCGCAAGGCGAAGAGGAAGGAGCCCGACGCCUCUCAACAGACGGAUGCUUCCCCGACCGCGUCGCGUGCCGCUAAACCCAGGGCGAGGACCGCCGCCGCCGGUAAGGUGCUCGACCCUGACGACUACCGCGACGAGGUGCUCAGCGAGAUCGACCCGAGAUCGCUGGCGCAGGCGCGGGACGCGCUCAUCGUUCAGACGGACAGGUGCCAUCGUCUGCGGUCGGAGAAGGACGAGGCGCUCGCAGAGGCGACGCGGCUGGAAUCCGAGCUCGAGCAGACCCGAGCGCAGUGGAAGCACGCGAUGGACGCGCACGCCGAGGCGAGCACAGCUGUGCGCGAUUUGCAGCGAGAGGUCAGCCACCUCCGGGAGGAACUCGCGACGGGGCGCGCGCGGCGCGACGCGGACGCCGCGGAGCUCGACAAGGCGCGCGCGCUCAUCCUCAACGCCCGCGACGCGCGCGAAGCCGCCGAACGCGACGCCCGCGACGCGCGCGACGAGGCUGCCGCCGCGCGCGACGCCGCGUCCCGAGCCGCGACGGAAUUAACCCAGAGCGAGAGCGCGGUGGCCAAGACGAGCCGAGAGUUCGAAGCAGCCGCCGUCGCGGAGCUCGCGGCGCUGAAGGAACGAAUCGGUACGCUGACGUGGCAGGCUGCGCAAGCGAACGACCGCGCCGAAACGCUCGAGUCCGACCUCGCCGAUGCGCGCGCACAGCUGGCGGAGGCGUCGCGCGAUCGCGACGCGAUUACUAAGACGCUUCGACUCGAGCGGUCGGCGGCGGCGGAUGAAGCCGCCGCGCUCGCCGCCGCGCGUGACCUCGCGUCCACGCGCGUCGACGAACUCGCGGAGUCCGUGGCGUCCGCGCACGAGCUGCGGCGCGCGUUGGCGGACGCGGAAUCGCGCGUUCGCGUCGUCGAGGAUCGACUCGCCAAGGCGUUGGUCCGGAGUUCUCGGUUCGAGCGAAGGGCGAAGGAAGCGGAGUCUUUCGUUCGUUCUUUGGCGUCGUCGACGGACGCGAUGGACGCGGAGUGGCGGCGCGUGCGCGACGCGCUGGCGAGGCGGUGCGAGGUGAUCGAGGAGGAGGCUGCGGUGGACGCGGUGCGGGCGGCGGGGGCGGCGGGGGCGGCGGCGGUUGCGGCGAAUGGUCGUGAACUUCAUGCGGGGGUGGGGAGGGAAUCGAACGGGGGUGGUGGCGAGGCGGCGGCGCCGAGCCCGCCGAGGCGCGUCGCGACGCGGGGCGGCGGGCGGAAGGGACGCGCCGGCGCGAGCGGGGCAUCGUGA